GGUUUGGCUAGGUAGGGUUAGGAUAAGGGUUAAGUUUGGCAGUUGUUUUGUUGGUAGAUGUAUAUAUUCUGUAAAUAAAUCUAUGUCUUAAACUUUAGCACUUGUGUGAGCGUGUAGUAUCAGCGAGUGCUAGUGUGUGUACUGUCCCUGUGUAUGUAGUCGUGACACAGCAGAAGAGAACACACGAGAAGGUCCGGCGGAACUGACGCACCGACUGAAAAGACACUUUACGUGCAGUUAGUAGGUAAAGCAGGUCUUUUGUGGGCUCCUAGGUCGGCUGUAGCUCGGGUGCGUGCAGAAAUAGGUAUAGAAGGAAAAAAAAGAACACAACGCGAGGCACAUAAGAACUAGGCGACGCACCCGACUAAAGACAGCCAGAAUUUUCGUAGACAGGAAAAUUCUCCUAGGGAACUCCCGUCCUCUUCCAUGGACCGACAAAAGAGGAACGGACUGAUUUGGCGCCAGGGUGUUAGCGAUAGGUGCCGGUCAGUCCGGUUACACAGUAUAAACACUCAGUGUGGCGCCGGACAACGCUGACACCAGUAGUUUGUCUGGGGAGCGUAUCUAAAUGUUUGUGUAUGUUAGAUAUUCUGAAGAUUGAUGGCCUUUGGGAAUUUUCAUCUCUGACCAAACUCCAGUUGGAUAACAACAUCAUUGAGAAAAUUGAAGGCAUCAGCAUGCUGAUCAACCUUGUGUGGCUUGAUCUUUCCUUCAACAACAUUGAGGUAAUUGAAGGCCUUGACACUCUGGUAAAACUGCAAGACCUAACGCUGUAUAACAAUCGGAUUUCUCAUGUGGAAAACAUGGACACCCUCACCGACCUUCAGGUCUUUUCCAUUGGCAACAAUGAUCUCAAGGAACUGGAGAAUAUUGCAUACCUGAGGAGGUUCAAAAAGCUAAAGACACUGAACUUGCACCAUAACCCUUUCUGUGACUUGGAGGGUUACAGGCAGUAUGUUGCUGCCUUUCUACCACAUAUAGAAUACCUAGACUACCAUCUUCUGGAUGAACAAACAAAAGCUGCAGCAUAUGAGCAUCACCAGAUACAGAUAGAGGAGAUGUUAGAUAAUGAGAAGAAAGCACAGUCUAGGCAGGCAGAAGAUGAUCGUCAGGCACUGGAACUUCAGCUGCAUAGGAAAGCCUAUGUGGAAAACUUGAAUGGACCUAGUCUGUUUCAAAGCAUGUAUGCUGAGGAUGCUGAGGGUCAGAAGCUAGAAGACAUGCCAGGAGUUGAUGAACUGCUGGUUGUCUAUCGUGAGAAGUUUACAGCCAUCUGCCAGCAGAUGUUUGAAUAUGGCCUUCAGGAGCACCAGAAGCGGGAGGCAGAAGUGGAGCAGUUCUGGGAAUGUGUAGAGGAGGCCAAGACAGAAAACAAGGAGAUGGGCAUGAGAGCAGUACAGGAGUUUAUGGCUGAUAAAAAGCAGAUGUUUACAGAAAUGAGCAGCAUAAGCGACCCCAAGCAACUGGCAGACAGAGUCCAAGAAUACAAUACCUGCAUCACAGAACUCUGGGACAAACUUAUGGGCCUUGAGCUACAGCUUGUUGAUCAACUGGAGGAGGUGAUCCAGAACUUUGAUCGCAACAUGCAAGAUCUUGUGUCCACAUUCAUUGAAAAUCUCCAGGGCUACAUGGUUCAGGCUCGUGAUGCUGAGAAUGCACACCAUGAAAAGAUGAUGGAAAUUGCCACAGUCACUCUGGAGAAAGUACUCAAGAACGAAUUGGAUGAGGAGAUCCCUGAUGACCUCAAGAUGCUAUUUGUUGACAGAGACACAAUCACAAAUGCAGUGUCAUCAUCACAUGAUGUUCAUCUCUUAAAGAUUGAUAAUAAAGAGGAUGACAUAGUGACACAUAUCAACAAUUGGCUGAAACACAUGAUUGAGACAAUCCAUGAAGAGCAGGAAAUACAGAGAAAUAGGCAGCGUGUAACAGAGAUUAACCACUUGAUCGAUCAUCUGAGAGAAGAAAUCGACAACCUGGAGCUGACAGGAGGUCAAGGAUAUUGAAUAGAUCAUUUAGGGAACUUUGUGCGGAUUAUCUGUGGGGACAUUGGUCUAGCUUGCGCUAGACCUAAAAUUAUGUGUAGUAGAAGAGCCAUUACUGAACACAGGCAUGCAAAAAUUUAAAAAGGUUAUUUUUCCUUUCCCCCACCCAUACAGGCACAGAUACUUCAUCCCUCACUUCUUCAUGCACGCGGUGUUCUCAUGACGUAAUCCGUUUGCUGAUUGUGACUGUGUGGUUGACCAUCAGUUCAUGCGCAUUCUUGUGUGGAACACACCGCGUUGGUGCUCACAGUGAAAUGUGCUUUGCAAAGCCUAUUACUAUGUUAUUAUUACAACUGCUAUUUUACAUAUGCAUAUAUGUACUUUCUAAUCUUCCUAUUAUUAGUAUUUGAUGCUAUUUAUAAAUAUACUAGAUAUUUCUAUUACAAAUAUUUGAUAUUGAUAUAAGUAUGUGCUAUGCUAAUUCUGAUGAAUUCUUGAAUAGAUUACACCAGCAGAUGUAAGGAUUUGUUUGUGUGUUUUAUGCCAUGCCAGCAGCUAAGGAUAUAUCAUUUUACAUACCUAAAGUUAAGAUAUGUAAGCUGCAGGUGAGUUGCUUAUAUAUCCCCUACCACAAAAGCCAACUCAAGAAAUAAAAUUUUGAAAUGAUG